GUGCAUCAAACACACAGCGGGACAGUCACUCCAUCACACUUCACCUCACGCCUGCUUCUCCUCCACUCGCUGAGGUUCUUCCUGAAGCAGAAGAUGCCUCUCCAGUCCACUCUGUCCGGCAGGCGCUCCAUCAAGGCCGAGAACACACAGUAUGAUGGGAGGUCGUUCGAGGAGCUGAGGCACGAAUGUCUCCAGAACGGGGUCCUGUUUGAGGAUCCAGACUUCCCUGCCGCUGACUCCUCACUCUACUACAGCCAGAGCGUUCCUGUCAACAUUGAAUGGAAGAGGCCAAAGGAGCUCUGCGACAACCCAAAGUUCAUCGUAGGAAAUGCAGACCGCACAGACAUUUGCCAAGGACAGCUUGGGGACUGCUGGCUCCUGGCAGCCAUCGCCUCCUUGACCCUGAAAAAAGAUGCCAUGGCUCGAGUCAUCCCCCAUGACCAGGAUUUUGACCACAGAUAUGCUGGCAUCUUUCACUUCCAGUUCUGGCAGCACAACAAAUGGCUGGACGUGGUGGUGGAUGACAGAUUGCCUUCAGUGAGAAAUCAGCUCAUCUUGCUUCACUCUGCCUCCAACAAUGAGUUCUGGAGCGCUCUGCUGGAGAAAGCCUACGCCAAAAUGCACGGCAGCUAUGAGGCCCUGAAGGGCGGCACCACAAUGGAGGCCAUGGAGGAUUUUACUGGCGGUGUGGGGGAAAUGUAUGAAACCAAAAAAGCUCCACGCAACCUGUUCUCGAUCAUGAAGAAGGCCCUGGACCGAGGUUCCAUGAUGGGAUGCUCUAUUGACAUCACCAGCUCUGCAGAGUCGGAGGCCAAGACGGCCAGCGGCCUGGUGAAGGGACAUGCAUACUCCAUCACAGGCCUGGAGGAGGUGAAUUUUAGAGGGCAGAAGGUCCAGCUGAUUCGGAUCAGAAACCCCUGGGGUCAGGUUGAAUGGAACGGCCCCUGGAGUGACAAGUCCAGGGAGUGGAAUUAUGUUGACUCAGCAGAAAAAAAUCGCAUCCUACAGAAUUCAGCUGAAGAUGGAGAAUUCUGGAUGGAAUUUGAAGACUUCAAGAGGAACUAUGACAAGGUUGAGAUCUGCAACAUGACCCCUGACUCGCUGACUGAUGACACCAAGCGCCACUGGGAGGUCAGCUUGUUUGAGGGAAACUGGAUUCGUGGCUCCACCGCUGGAGGCUGCAGGAACUACAUCGACACAUUUUGGACCAACCCGCAGUUCAAGCUGCUGUUGGAAGAUGCGGAUGACGACGAUGAUGUGUGCAGUGUGGUGAUCGCUCUGAUGCAGAAGAACAGACGAAAGCUGAGGAAAGAAGGCCUAGACCUGGAGACCAUCGGCUUUGCAGUGUAUGAGGCUCCAGAAGAUGAUGACCAAGCGGGGAAAGAUUUCUUCCGCUACCAUGCGUCCAAGGCUCGCAGCAGGACCUACAUCAACCUGCGGGAGGUGUCAGAGCGCUUCACACUGCCUCCUGGAAAAUACCUUCUGGUCCCCACCACCUUCCAGCCCCACCACGAGGCCGACUUCCUCGUCCGCAUCUUCUCUGAGAAGAAGGCCUCGGCACUAGAGAUGGGCAACAACAUUGAUGCUGACCUGCCAGAUCCGCCCAUGCCCACCCAACCAGAGGAGGAGACGGACGAGGAGAAAGGCCUGAGGAGGCUGUUCAACCAGCUGUCUGGAGAGGACAAGGCUAUCUCUGUCAGAGAGCUCCAGCAGAUGCUGAACGGCGUCCUCAGCAGGCGAAGAGAAAUCAAAUUUGACGGUCUGAGUCUGAGCACCUGCCACAGUAUCAUCAACCUCAUGGAUGUGGACAACACAGGGAAGCUGGAGUUCCAAGAGUUUAAGGUCUUCUGGGAAAAGAUGAAGAAAUGGAUUAUGCUCUUCCUGUCCUUUGACACAGACCGAUCAGGGAAGAUGUCGUCCUAUGAACUUCGCAUCGCUCUCAAAGCUGCAGGAAUGCAUCUGAACAACAAGCUCCUGCAGCUGGUGGGCUUGAGGUUUGCUGACGACAGCUAUGACAUCGACUUUGAUGAUUACCUCACCUGCAUCGUCCGUCUGGAGAACAUGUUCAGAGCUUUCCAGGCUUUGGACAAGUUUAAGAGGGGGCGGGUGAAGAUGAACAUCAUGCAGUUCCUGAUGCUGUCGAUGAACGUUUGAGGAGGAGCUGAAAGCAAGCAAACACCAGCAGAAGAACAAAACACAGCAGACAGUCUUAGAAUGUAAUAAUCAGACUAUAGUGAUGCAUGCACACAUUUUCGUUUUCCAUGGUUUUCUUUUCCACAUCUGUCCAGUCUAUCUGCCAUUAUUUCAUCAAAUAAUGUGAAAUGCUGUCUGAGCUAAAGUUUUUUUUUGUUUUUUAAUUUUGGGGAAAGGGUUGAACUUUGAAUUUUGCUGACUUGAAAUUUUGGAUAAAAUAUUGGUUUAUUUUCUCUGCUUGCUGGAUCAGUGGAAAUACAUUUUGAAUAAAAUGCUUGUCUUUGUC